AGAAUGAAUACUAAUUCACCUACAAUUCAAUUUUGGGAUGAUUCUUCCUGAACUGUCUCUGAAGAGUACAGUAAGUCUCCUCCAAAAAAUAGCGUUUAUCAUUGGAAAGGGAAUGCGAAUGCCCUCGGAGAUGUCACUGGAAAGUCCAAAAGCUCAUCAACAAUUUUGAAACAGCCUAUCCUAGCUAAAGACUCUUGCUUCCAAGAAUCAAAGGGAAAAAUUAUGAGAAGAAGCCUUGAAUUAUCAAAGCCUACUUUUAUACUCCCCCAAAAUUCAAAGACUCGUGGGUCUUGCUACAAAGUCAUGAAAAGACUCAGAAAGUCUUCAUCAUCAGAUGUACUACACUUUCCUAGGAACUCUGAAGAAAUCACACCUUUGAAUUGGAAAGAAAAAUGUGAGGAGAGCCAAAUGAUUCCUUCAUCAAGAAUCCUCCUCCUGCUUCACAAGAAGUCUUAAUUCUUCACGAAGCUAUCAAAGAGGAAGUGGUUAUUCAGCCAAUAAUCUUAAUUUCU